UCGCCCAACGUGUCAAGCCCAGCCCAUACUCCGCCGAUCUCGCCAGUCGGACCGUCUCCAGCCGCGGCCGCGCUCCUGAACCCCACCGCCGCCGAAGCUCCCCGUCCGUCCAUGGCGGCGGUGGCGUCAGACUCCCACUCACCUUCCGCGGCCUCCAUCCCUCCCCCCCUCCACCGCCGCCACCGCUCAAGAUGGUCUCGGCAAGAGCUCCUCGUCGGGUGCUGGUCCGUCUCUUCCGCGAUUCGAUUCGAUUCGAUUCACACGGAUUUAAGAGGCGCGCCCAUUUCCAUGCCAGCUGCGCUGCGUAGCCUGACAGAGUGACAGUGAUGUGGAGGGGAAGCAACCGGCGUGGAGGUUCUGCCCCUUUCCGAUGUCGGGGAAUAAAGCUCUUAGGGCUUGGUGGUCACUGGAGCAAUACCCAACUCACAUUUAGAGAGAGGGGCAGUGCACCAACCAACUGGCCGGCGCAAGCUGUACACUGACGGCAUCCAGUCCGCCCUUCCCGUCAACAUAAGUUAUCAAUCCUGUUUUGUCCAUCUCUUCUAUGAUCCGAUUCACAGGACUUAAGACGCACACCCAUCUACGUGCCAGAUCUGUGGAUCAGGAGCGUCAGGAAGCAGAAUUCAGCUGUGUAGCCUGACAGUGAUGUGCAGGGGAGGCAAUUGGUGUGGAAAUUCAAUUUCUCUCUGAUGUCCAAGAAGAAAGUUCAUCCACUCGGUGGACUGGAGCGAUAUCCAAAUUAAAAUUAUACAUUUAAUCCUAACUGUUUCUACGGUUGUUUGAUGUCCGAGGAGAACUCUCCUAGAAAGUUCAUCUGCUAGGUGUACUGGAGUGAUAUCCAAGUAAGUUACAUCAUCCGAUCAUCUGUAUAAUCUCGGUGUUUCUUUUGUUUUACACUGUCACAUUUCAUAUGUGCAUCGGAGCAAAUGUGCUUUCUCUAGGCUUGUUGGAGCGAACCGAGUGCAAGACCUCUCUUAUAUGGCCAUAGGCAGUGAUCAAUACAAUUUAUCUUCUAACGUCACUAUAGUUUUAGUCACAUGCUUCUGUUUUAGCACACUCUUUGCAAUGCAUAAAAGAAACUGUGGUAGCACACUUUUCAAUCCAUAUAACCAAAUGCCAUGCCUGACGAGAGUGCAAAAUGAAUCACUUUUCUUCCUCGUAUUGGGUGAGAAGCAUGUGACUGCCCAUGUGAUAUGCAUUGAACGUAGUAUCGGAAAUAAAAUUAUCUUCCUAGCUGCAAGUGGACAUUAUGUAAUGGCAGCGCACGCAGCCUUAAACGGCUGUCGUUGCCUGUGUCGCUAAUGACCAGGUUAGAUAUUGUUCUUGUGAUUGGCUCGAGAACAGAUCUCAGGCUGUACGUACACAACCGUUGUAUACUCUAAACAUUCAGGUAAAAUAUAUUCAGUACACUUUAGAGCGGAAAAAAAAAGAGAAUGUAGGGAUGAAAUCCAAAUGGAUGGAACCCUUGAUGAUAAGAGGAAACAAAUGAUGCAAUAGGUUUACAGCACAAAACUUGUAAAUAAGUGUGACCAACUGGGUGCUGAUGCUGAUGGCAUGGCAUUGGUAACACACUUGUAAUGCACAAAACAAAUGUCAUGGCCGUGAACCCCGUGUCAUGACUGACAAAAAUGAAAAGGGAAUCACUUUUUGCCCCCUUGUAUUGGGUGACAAGCAUGUGACUACUCAAGUGAUGCACCAAACGUAUCUGAAACAAAUUAUCUUCCUUCCUGUCUAAGAUGGCUGUCGGCGCCUCGGUGUGGCCAUUUUGAUUACUUUAUUAAAGCCUGCAUCGCUAAUGGCAAGAUUAGAUAUUGUUAAUGUGAUUGGUUCGAGAACAGACCUCAGGCUGUAUACAACCGUUGUAUAUUGGAGAGCUCAAGAACUCUUACUAUUCAUGCUCACUGCAUUCUCUUCUCCACUCUUCACAUGUGAGUGCGUGGAGCAAUAAAGCCCUCCACUCAUCCAUCGGCAUCCUCUUUUUCCAACACCACGUCUCCUCUGUCGUCAAGAAAACUGAUUUCGUUGCCAACAGGCAAUCCCCACAGCAUCGUCUUUUCCGAAAGGAGAAUCGAAUCCACAGCGACGGCACGUCUCCACCGAAUUCCCCAUCAUGGCGUCUCCUGAAUGUGCUCUCCCGAAUCAUGUUCCCACCCAUUCCCAAGCUUCGCUGCCUCCAGGUCUUCCAAAUUUCUCACAACUCCCACACAUCCACGCCGCCACAGCUUCCCCAGACCUGACGCCGUCGUUGCUGGUGCCGACCAGGCUCUGUGGCUGCUGCCGCCGCCGCCGCUACAGCGCAGAGCUACUCAGCGUCCACCUGCUGGUGAGGACGAGCUGGGCGAGCGCUCGUGAAGGCCCCCUGUUCGUACGCUGUUCCAACGAAUCAGUGCACUUGUGUUGUGCGUGAGGAUUCCAAUGGCGGAGCUGGUGGUCACCAUGGCGAUCCGGCCACUGGUGGCCAUGCUCAGGGACAAGGCGUCCAGCUACCUCCUCGACCAGUACAAUGUGAUGGAGGGAAUGGAGAAGCAGCACAGGAUUCUCAAACGCAGGCUUCCUAUCAUCCUCGACGUCAUUACAAACGCCGAGGAGCAGGCCGCAUCACACAGAGAAGGAGCUAAAGCCUGGCUCCAGGAGCUCAAGACAGUGGCCUAUGAGGCAAACGAAGUCUUUGAUGAGUUCAAGUAUGAGGCGCUCCGCCGUGAAGCGAAGAAGAAUGGACACUACAAAAAACUUGGAUUCGAUGUGAUAAAACUCUUCCCUACUCACAACCGUGUUGUGUUUCGUCACAGAAUGGGUAGCAAGCUUUGCAAGAUUCUGGAGGAUAUCAAUGUUCUUAUUGCGGAGAUGCAUGACUUUGGGUUGAGGCAGACGUUCUUGGUGUCCAAUCAGUUGAGGCAGACACCAGUGUCCAAGGAGUGGAGACAGACAGAUUAUGUCAUCAUCGACCCGCAAGAAAUUGCCAGCAGAUCCAGACAUGAAGAUAAGAAUAAUAUUGUUGACAUACUACUUGGUGAAGCUAGCAAUGCAGAUCUCGCAGUGGUUCCCAUUGUUGGAAUGGGGGGCCUUGGCAAGACCACAUUAGCGCAACUCAUAUACAAUGAACCUGAAAUUCAGAAGCAUUUUCCGUUGAAGCUCUGGGUCUGCGUCUCUGAUAUCUUCGAUGUGAAUUCGGUGGCUAAGAGUAUAGUUGAAGCAUCCCCCAAGAAAAAUGAUGACACAGACAAACCAGCACUGGAUAGACUUCAAAAACUGGUCAGCGGGCAGAGGUAUCUCCUUGUAUUGGAUGAUGUCUGGAACAGAGAGGUCCAUAAGUGGGAAAGGCUGAAGGUCUGUCUUCAGCAUGGUGGCAUAGGUAGUGCAGUGUUGACAACAACCCGUGAUAAACAAGUUGCUGGAAUUAUGGGCACAGAUAGAACCUACAAUCUCAAUGCUUUGAAGGAUAACUUCAUAAAGGAAAUUAUUUUAGACAGAGCAUUUAGUUCAGAGAAUAAAAAGCCUCCCAAGCUACUCAAGAUGGUUGGUGAGAUUGUGGAGAGAUGCCGUGGCUCUCCUCUAGCUGCAACUGCACUGGGAUCUGUACUUCGUACCAAGACCAGCGUGGAAGAAUGGAAGGCUGUAUCAUCUAGAAGCAGUAUUUGCACUGAGGAAACUGGAAUUUUGCCAAUACUCAAGCUUAGUUACAACGAUUUGCCAGCACACAUGAAGCAGUGCUUUGCUUUCUGUGCCAUAUUCCCCAAGGAUUACAAGAUUAAUGUGGAGAAGCUUAUCCAACUAUGGAUCGCAAAUGGCUUUAUAACAGAACAGGAGGAAGAUAGUCUUGAAACCUUUGGAAAACAUAUUUUCAAUGAGCUGGUCUCAAGGUCAUUCUUUCUGGACCUAGAGGAAAGUAAGGACUCUAGCGGGUAUUAUUCCAGAACAUGUAAAAUUCAUGAUCUUAUGCAUGAUAUUGCAAUGUCUGUUAUGGGAAAGGAAUGUGUCGUUGCAAUUAAGGAACCAAGUCAAAUCGAGUGGCUGUCAGAUACUGCUCGGCAUUUGUUCUUAUCAUGUGAAGAAACACAAGGUAUUUUGAAUGAUUCUUUGGAGAAAAGAUCCCCUGCCAUUCAAACACUCAUAUGUGAUAGUGAUAUGCAAAGUUCAUUGAAGCAUCUAUCAAAAUAUAGAUCUUUGCAUGCCUUGAAGCUCUUUAUUAGCGGCACAGAAUCAUUUCUUCUGAAAUCAAUGUAUCUGCAUCACCUGAGGUACCUUGAUCUCUCAUACAGUGAUAUCAAAGCACUUCCUGAAGAUACAAGUAUUCUAUAUAACCUGCAAGUGUUGGACCUUUCCUACUGUAAUGAUCUUGAUCGACUUCCAAGGCAAAUGAAGUAUAUGACUUCCCUCCGUCACCUCUACACUCAUGGAUGUUGGAACUUGAAGAGCAUGCCUCCAGAACUAGGAAAACUCACUAAGCUGCAGACGCUGACAUGGUUUGUGGCAGGAGUUCCUGGCCCUGAUUGCAGUGAUGUUGGAGAGCUGCAUGAUUUAAAGAUUGGUGGUCAGCUAGAGCUACGCCAGGUAGAGAAUGUUGAAAAAGCAGAAGCAGGAGUGGCGAAUCUUGGAAACAAGAAGGAUCUCAGAGAACUGUCGUUAAGAUGGACUAAGGUUGGCGACAGCAAGGUGCUCGACAAGUUCGAACCUCAUGGUGGGCUGCAGGUUCUGAAGAUAUAUUCCUAUGGAGGAGAGUGCAUGGGUAUGUUGCAAAACAUGGUUGAGAUCCACCUUUUUCACUGUGAAAGAUUGCGAUUUUUGUUCAGAUGCAGUACAAUCUUCACUUUUCCAAGACUGAAGGUGCUUACGCUAGAACAUUUGUUGGCUUUUGAGAGAUGGUGGGAAAUAGAUGAGUGGCAAGUAGAACAGACAAUAUUUCCUGUCCUUGAGAAGUUGUUUAUGAGCAAUUGUGGAAAGUUGGUAGCAUUACCCGAAGCACCAUUGCUGCGAGGACCUUGUGGUGAGGGUGGUUAUACAUUGGUACACUCAGCGUUUCCUGCCCUAAAGGUACUCAAAAUGGAAGAUUUGGAGAGCUUUCGGAGAUGGGAUGCAGUCGAAGAGACUCAAGGAGAACAGAUAUUGUUUCCUUGUCUUGAGGAACUGUCAAUUGAGAAAUGCCCAGAGCUGAUAAAUUUACCUGAAGCACCAUUGCUUGAAGAACCAUGUAGCGGAGGUGGUUAUAGAUUGGUACGUUCAGCCUUUCCUGCCCUCAAGGUGCUCAAAAUGAAAUGCUUGGGGAGUUUUCAGAGAUGGGAUGGUGCUGCCAAAGGUGAACAAAUAUUUUUUCCACAGCUUGAGAAACUAUCAGUUCAGCAAUGCCCAAUGUUGAUAGAUUUACCUGAGGUACCAAAAAUCAGUGUGUUAGAAAUUGAAGAUGGCAAGCAAGAGAUCUUCCAUUUUGUGGACAGAUAUUUGUCCUCGUUGACCAAUCUGAUACUGAAGCUAAAAAAUACAGAAACACCAUCAGAGGUUGAGUGCACUUCAAUUCUACCUGUGGACAGCAAAGAGAAAUGGAACCAGAAAUCCCCUCUUACAGUUCUGGAGUUAGGAUGCUGCAACUCAUUCUUUGGACCAGGUGCACUAGAGCCGUGGGGCUAUUUUGUACACCUUGAAAACUUGGAAAUUGAUAGAUGUGAUGUGCUCGUCCACUGGCCAGAGAAUGUGUUCCAAAGCUUGGUAUCCUUGAGGACAUUACUGAUUAGAAACUGCGAAAAUCUGACUGGAUAUGCACAAGCUCCUCUUGAGCCGUUGGCGUCUGAAAGGAGUCAGCACCCGAGAGGUCUGGAGUCUCUUUAUUUAGAAAACUGCCCAAGUUUAGUGGAGAUGUUCAACGUCCCGGCAUCUCUCAAGAAAAUGGAUAUUCGCAGGUGCAUUAAGCUUGAGUCCAUAUUCGGCAAGCAGCAGGGCAUGGCAGAGUUAGUCCAAGUAUCUUCUAGCAGUGAGGCAGACGUGCCUACAGCUGUAUCAGAGUUGCCAUCCUCACCCAUGAAUCACUUUUGUCCAUGCCUAGAAGAGCUACGUUUAGUCCAAUGUGGAAGCUUACCAGCGGUUCUAAAUCUGCCUGCAUCCUUAAAGACCUUAGAAAUUUAUGGCUGCAGUAGUAUUCAAGUCCUAUCAUGCCAGCUGGGUGGGCUCCAGAAACCAGAAGCCACUACCUCCAGAAGCAGAAGUCCUAUCAUGCCAGAGCCACCAGCAGCAACUGCAAGAGAGCAUUUACUUCCUCCCCAUCUCGAAUCUCUAACAAUAAGGGACUGUGCUGGCAUGUUGGGUGGGACUCUCCGUCUGCCUGCACCCAUCAAGACACUGCGCAUUUAUGCCAACAGUGGGCUGACAUCGCUGGAGUGUCUGUCGGGAGAGCACCCCCCAUCGCUGGAAUCCCUUUGGCUUGUAAGAUGCAGUACCCUGGCAUCCCUGCCGAAUGAGCCGCAAGUAUACAGGUCUCUCUACUUUGUUUGUAUUAGACGCUGCCCUACUAUAAAGAAGCUCCCUAGAUGCCUGCAGCAGCAACUGGGCAGCAUUGACAGAAAAUAUCUAGAUGCCUGCUAUAAAGUAACGGAAUUCAAACCAUUGAAACCGAAGACAUGGAAGGAAAUACCGAGGCUAGUCCGUGAGCGGAGGCAGGCCUGCCGGAGCUGAAGGUCAUUCAGCUUCUAUUCAAUGACAGGCCUGAUCCCUGAUUCUUGCACUGCUCUGCUAGGGGAAUGGCCUGUGAUUGCUUCUACAAGACAACUGUGCCGCAGUCGCUCUCCGUCGAGAACUGCUGGGGCCUGCGGUGUAGGGCGGCUGCUGCUGCUUGGCGUCGAGUCGAGCAUCUCUGAAUCAACAUCCUAGGCCAAGACCAUCUCAUCUUUGUUCUGGUUUGCUGUUGCCUGCUGGCCCUUGGGGCGUGUACAACAUUCCUGUCAUGUAGCCCAGUGUUGUUGUAUCUGAAUAGCUUCUUGCACCAUACAAUAUUUAAUUUGUACACCAAAAGACUGGGGAGGAUACAAGAUGUUUGUUUUACCCAAAUAUUUAUGCCUAACAACA